GGGUAUAUAAUCAUUUAGAAUUUGUUACUUCAUCGAUGCCAUCUGUUUCAGUGGAAGACGAUGAUGAGUUGGAUAAGGAAGAUUCAGCUGUUUCUUCAGAUGAAUCAUUUGAGGAUUAUAAGCAAUUGAAUUCACAGCGAGAAACAAAACCUAAGAAUUCGUGGCAAUCACCACCUAUGGUUGAUAAAGAUUUUGGAAAAUUUGAACAGCAUACAAAAGGAAUUGGCUUAAAGCUUAUGCAGAAGAUGGAAGAAAAUAUUAUCAAGAACGUACCAAGAGAAAAAAAAUGGAGAAAAUCUACAAAAUCCAAGAAAUUAAAUAUUGAAUACAAAACGGCUGAUGAAAUAAUGAACGAGGCUGCAUCAACAAUUCCAAUGCAGCCUAUGAAAAUUAUAGAUAUGACUGGCCCACAGAAUGAGCGGGCUAAAACCCUCGAAAAAGAUUUUGACAGAGUAUCUGCUUUAAUAGAGGAUGAAGCAGGACGUAAUAAUUCUCCUUCGUUGCAACUCUUUAUGGAUCCUUUUGAAAAGUUGCAAACUAAAUAUCAAGAUGAAUAUACAUUAUACGGUUUGGAUACUGCUGUUGUUGCAAUAAUAGCACCAGUGUUCAAACAAUACAUGACAUUUUGGGAUCCGUUAGAAAAUCCUCAGCUUGGGUUGCAUGAGUUUCAGAAAUGGGAAAGAUUAUUAAAAACAACUAAAAUAAUGUUAUCAGAAAAUGACCAUAUAAGGGAAGUUGACGAAUGGAACCCCAAAACAGAUGGUGAGAUGAUUCAUCAAUGGCUCCAUCCUUGGCUUCCUGUGUUAGGUGAACGCAUGGAUCCAUUAUACGUGACAAUACGUCAAAAGUUCCGAAUAAUUUUGCAAAAUUGGGAUCCUAUGGAUACCAAAGCGAUGAAUAUUUUGUAUCCAUGGAAAAAUUCAGUGUUCCCCCCGGAAAUGCUUUCUGAUUUAAUCAUUGAAGCACAAUUUAUAAAAGGAUUAAAUAUGAUUGAUGAGAGUAUUUCAUUAGGAAAUGAAUCCGCCAGCAGGUUUGUUAAUUUAUUGGAUGAUUCAGAAGAACCCUUUUCAUCAACCAAAUAUGCGCCAAUUAUUGAUGAUGCAGAAAUUACUUUUAAAGAGAUUGUGGAAGAAUUUGCUGAAGAACAAAAUCUUUUGUUCAUUCCAACUAAUAAAAAUCAUAAAGUUUCAGGAAAACCACUUUAUCGUAUAGGACGUUCUGCAGGAGGCACCGGCGGGUUAACACUAUAUUUAGAUGAUGAUGUUAUGUAUGUCAAGCAAGGACUUGAAUGGUUACCUAUGGGGUUUGAUGAAGUACUGGAAAAAUUAAU